AUGUCAGCUCUCUUCUCUCUUAAAGGUAAAGUUGCCUUGAUAACGGGUGCUACAAAUGGUAUCGGGCUUGGUAUGGCUAAAGGUUUAGCUUCAGCAGAUAUAGAUCAGAUUAUUCUCACGUACAGAUCUGAAAAGCCAUUGGAAGAAGCUAUAAAAGUAUUACAGGAAGUCAACCCAAAUGUGAAGUUUGCCUCUAUCCAAGUAGAUCUCUCUGCGGCAGAUGAAGAUGCCACCGUGAAGAAGAUCUUUGAAGAGUCGUACGCCAAGUCUUCCACAGGAAAUAUCGACAUUCUUAUUAACAAUGCUGGUAUCAGCGCACGUUACGCAUUAGAGUCGUUCCCUCAAGAAGAAUUUGACCAAGUUCUCAAAGUCAAUUUGUCUAUCCCAGUGAAAUUGACUAAGGCUAUUGGUACCAAGAUGCUUGAAACGAAAACUGAGGGUAAGAUAGUCUUUACCGCCUCUUUAAUGUCAUUCCAAGGUGGGUUAAACACCACCGCAUACGCAAUCACUAAGGGUGGAAUUAACCAGUUUAUGAAGGGACUCUCAAACGAAUGGUCCCUGAAGGGAAUCCGAGUUAAUGCCAUUGCUCCAGGCUAUAUCCAAACGAAGUUAACAGAUUCUAUGGAUGCUGAUCGUAAAGCUACCGUUUUACCUCGUAUUCCAAUUGGUAGAUGGGGUAAUAUAGACGACUUUAUGGGUCCAAUUGUAUUCUUGACCUCAGAUGCUAGUAAAUACGUCACAGGAGAAACUUUAUUGGUAGAUGGAGGCUGGAUGGCUCGUUAG